AUGUUGACGAAACCAAUUACUGCUUCUGUGCUUCGUCAGUGGAAGCUUACUAAAGAAAAAUUUUCGUGUAUUACUGCCUACGAUGCCAGCUUUUCGAGGCUGUUUGAAGAACAGGGAAUGCCGGUUAUGUUAGUUGGAGAUUCUCUAGGAAUGGCUGCUCAAGGGCAUACUUCAACAAUACCCGUUUGCGUUUCUGAUGUUGCAUACCACACUAGAAGUGUUCGACGUGGUGCACCCAACAGCCUGGUUAUGGCUGACAUGCCAUUCAUGAGUUACAGCAACGCAGACGAUGCAUGCAAAAACGCAGCAACUCUCAUGCGAUCCGGAGCGAAUAUUGUUAAAGUAGAAGGAAGUGGCAGCUGGGUCUAUGACACUAUUCGAAAGUUGACUCAAAGAUCCGUUCCGGUUUCCGGACACAUUGGAAUGACGCCUCAAGCUGUGAAUAUUUAUGGAGGUUUCAAGGUUCAGGGAAGAAACGAAGCUGCCGCUAGUAAAAUUUUGGAAGCUGCAAAACAGCUAGAGGAAGCUGGAGCUCAAAUGAUGGUGCUCGAAUGCAUUCCUGAGACAUUGGGACAAAAAAUUACAGAAUCUGUUUCGAUCCCGACGAUUGGAAUUGGAGCUGGUAAACAUACAGACGGUCAAAUCCUUGUCAUGCACGAUGCACUGGGCAUUUCCAGUGGAAAAGUUCCUCGAUUUGCUAAAAACUUCCUGAGCGGGACCGGCGACAUACGAGCUGCCGUCCGACUAUACAUGCAGGAAGUGAAAGAAGGGCAUUAUCCAGCAAAAGAACAUACUUAUUAA